GCGGCGGCGGCGGCGGCGGCGGCCGAGGGGGAUGGAGCGAGCACCGAGCCGGGUCAGAGUUGAACAAUGACCAUAGUUGACAAAGCUGAAUCUUCAGGCCCGCCAGCCUAUCAGAACCAGCCUGGCAGUUCUGAGGCUGUCUCACCUGGAGACAUGGAUGCCGGCUCUGCCAGCUGGGGUGCUGUGUCUUCGUUAAAUGAUGUUCCAAACCACACACUUUCUUUAGGACCAGUACCUGGUGCUGUAGUUUAUUCGAGUUCAUCUGUACCUGACAAAUCAAAACCAUCACCACAGAAGGAUCAAGUCCUAGGUGAUGGCAUUGCUCCUCCACAGAAAGUUCUGUUCCCAUCUGAGAAGAUUUGUCUUAAGUGGCAACAAACUCAUAGGGUUGGCGCUGGGCUCCAGAAUUUGGGUAACACUUGUUUUGCCAAUGCAGCAUUGCAGUGUUUAACCUACACGCCGCCCCUCGCCAAUUACAUGUUAUCACAUGAGCACUCCAAGACAUGUCAUGCAGAAGGCUUUUGUAUGAUGUGCACAAUGCAAGCACAUAUUACCCAGGCGCUCAGUAAUCCUGGUGAUGUUAUAAAACCCAUGUUUGUCAUCAACGAGAUGCGCCGUAUAGCUAGGCACUUCCGUUUUGGAAACCAAGAAGAUGCCCAUGAGUUCCUUCAGUAUACUGUCGAUGCUAUGCAAAAGGCAUGCUUGAAUGGCAGCAAUAAAUUAGACAGACAUACCCAGGCCACUACACUUGUUUGUCAGAUAUUUGGAGGAUAUUUAAGAUCUAGAGUCAAAUGUUUAAACUGCAAAGGUGUUUCAGAUACUUUUGAUCCAUAUCUUGAUAUAACAUUGGAAAUCAAGGCUGCUCAGAGUGUGAAUAAGGCAUUGGAGCAGUUCGUGAAGCCAGAACAGCUAGAUGGAGAAAACUCCUACAAGUGCAGCAAGUGUAAAAAGAUGGUUCCAGCUUCAAAGAGGUUCACUAUACAUAGAUCCUCCAAUGUUCUUACACUUUCCCUGAAACGCUUUGCAAAUUUCACAGGGGGAAAAAUUGCUAAGGAUGUGAAAUAUCCUGAGUACCUUGAUAUUCGGCCAUACAUGUCUCAACCCAAUGGAGAACCAAUUAUUUAUGUUUUGUAUGCAGUGCUGGUACACACUGGCUUUAACUGCCAUGCUGGCCACUACUUCUGCUACAUAAAAGCUAGCAAUGGCCUCUGGUAUCAAAUGAAUGACUCCAUCGUGUCCACCAGUGAUAUUAGAUCAGUACUCAGCCAACAAGCUUAUGUGCUCUUUUAUAUCAGGUCCCAUGAUGUGAAAAAUGGAGGUGAACUUACACAUUCUCCCCACAGCCCUGGACAGUCCUCUCCCCGCCCGGUGAUCAAUCAGCGGGUUGUUACCAACAAGCAGGCUGCACCAGGGUUUAUUGGACCACAGCUUCCCUCUCAUAUAAUGAAGAAUGCACCUCACUUAAAUGGGACUGGGCCACUGAAGGACACGCCAAGCAGUUCCAUGUCAAGUCCUAAUGGAAACCCCAGUGUUAACAGGACUAGUCCUGUUAAUGCUUCCACUUCUGUUCAAAACUGGUCAGUUAACAGGCCCUCAGUUAUCCCUGAACACCCCAAGAAACAAAAAAUCACCAUCAGUAUUCACAACAAGCUGCCUGUCCGCCAAGGUCAGUCCCAGCCUAACAUUCACAGCAAUUCUCUGGAGGCCCCUACAAAGCCUGCUCCCUCCUCCACCGUCACCAGUUCUUCUGCAAUACAGUCUACCUCGAAUGCAUCGCCGAUGUCAGUUUCUAGUAAAGUAGCAAAAUCAGUCUCCCCAAGCGAGCCCUGCUCCCAGCCAGUGGUGAACGGCAAGUCCAAGCUGAGCUCCAGCGUGCUGGUCCCCUAUGGCGCUGAGUCCUCCGAGGAGUCCGAUGAGGAGUCCAAGGGCCUCACCAAGGAGAAUGGUGCCAAGGAGAACGGUGUGGGCCCCACACUGAGCCCAUUCCCCACUGCUCAAGAAGCGGAGGAAGGCGAGGCCUCGCAGCCGGAGCUGCUGGAGCCUGUCUCCCUAAAUGGUGCUAAUAGUGCAGAUGGCAACCCGAAGGAGAAUGGCCUGUCCUUUGACAGUGCCAGCUGCCAUGUGCAGCCCUCUCUACUCGCAGAAAACCCCUUUUCCAAAGCAAAUGGUCUUCCUGGAAAGGUGAUACCUGUCCUUUUGCCAUCUCUCCCAGAGGACAAAAUCUUGGACACCUUCAAACUUAGCCACAAAGUCAAAGUUUCAGCGGGUGAAACAAGCCCCCCUGGAGCAGGGAGAAGCCCUCCCGAGGACCCCGCCGAGCCCGAGCCGCCCAGCGCCAGCGCCAGCGCCGCGGCCCCCGACACGCCGGCGGCCGCCAGCCCGAGCAAGUCCACGGCGCCCCCGCUGGCGGACCCCGGCGGCGUCACCUCUACCAAAGAAGGCGGACCCGCAGCGGACCCGGCGGCGCCCGGCGAGGACGGGGACCGCGAUGGGGACCGCGAUGAGGACGGGGACCGGGACAAGGACGAGACCCUUCCCCGUAUCCACGCGCCUUGCGGCCCCCCGGGAGUCCCGCGCACCCCGCCCCACGAGGCGGCCCGGAGAGCCGAGAGCCCUGCCGCAGAGGCCGGGGAGAAGCGGAGCCCUGCGCCCCCGGCGCCCUCGGAAGACGGGGCGGAGCCCGCGCUCCGGGUUCACCUCCGCAGGGACUGGGGCGAGGCCGCCGAGGAGCCCCCGGCGCCCCCCGCGCCAGACAGGACCGCGGCCGCCCCUGCGGACGGGGGUGCAAGGCGCGGGCCCCCGGGGGACGAGGGCGACGCGGGGAUCCCGGCCCGGGACAAGGCGGAUGGCCUGGGCGGCCUCCGACGGGCGGAGCGGGGCCACUGCCGGGACCGCAGCCACUGCCGGGACCGCAGCCGCAGGGACCGGGACCGGGACCGCGAUCGCGAUGCCCGCGACCCAGGCCGCUCCGGAGACCGCGGCCGCUCGGGCAGCGGGGAUCGGGGAGAGCGCCUGCGGGACAGCCGGGGCGGCUCCGCGGCCCACGGGCCCCACCGCCACGGGCGGCGGCGCUCCUACGGCCGGGAGCACUGCGCGGGGAGCCCGCGCCCGCCCGGCCACAGCCACGGCCACGGCGGCCCGGAGCCCCGUGGUCCGGGCAGGUACGGCCACCACCGCCCGCGGAGCCGGAGUCGCAGCGGGCCCGAGCAGGACUGGGGGCGGCACCGCCGCGCGGAGAGCGAACUGGCCCGGGCCCGCGAGGACUUCCACCCCGGGAGGCUCCGCUGGGACCGAGGCUACCGCCACAGGUUCGCGCCCUACGCCGCCCGCGAGCACUGGGCCUCGGCCCGGCCCCGGGACUGCUACUGGGCCCAGGCCCGUGGCCUCGACCGGCCCCGGGACACCACACCGCCGCCUGGGCCCGACGGCUGCGGCCUUCCCGAGCGCCUUCACGGACACGAGAGUGCCAAGGCCCGGAAGCGGAGGUACGAGAGUGUGGACUCCAACCACAGCCACCCCGACAAGAAAGCCCGCAGAAGCUUCGAGAAGGACCCGUCAGGGGAGCCGAGGGCCAAGAAGCACAAAAAGUCAAAGAAGAAGAAGAAGUCCAAAGACAAACACAGAGAGCGCGACUGCAGGCCCCAGCAGGAUUUGGAGCUUUCCGUAUCAUACUCUGACGCUGACCUCCACAGACACAGAAAGAAGAAGAAGAAAAAGAAGAGACACUCGAGGAGAUCAGAGGACUUUGGGAAAGAUGCAGAACUACACCUAGUGAAACCCGUGAGCUAUGAGGCCAUGGGCCAUUUCCGGAGAACUGAGGGCAGUGUUUUGCUCACUGAGGGCCCCUUCCGGGAGAAGACGAAGCAUCUGAGGAUGGAGAGCAGGGCCGACAGAUGCCAUCUGUCCGAGUAUGGCCAGGGUGAUUGAAAAACUUGGCCUUAGACAAACGUCACUAGUUACGAUUCAAUGUGUUCAACAGAAGCCAUCCCCAACCCAGCUUAAAUUAUCAACCUAGAGAAUAACUCUGUUCAAACUGCGUGGUGCUUCUUUUAGUAAAUACUGUACAGAUUUUACCAUGGAGAAUUUUUUUUUUAGUUUUUUUUUUUUUUUAGUUUUUUUUUUAGUUUUUACCUUUUCUUAAUUGCCCUUAUUCCAAAAGGAUGAACACUUUCUACAACUGCUGACCAUUGUAAAAUACCGUGUAUAUAAAUCACAUUGAAAUAAUGCCCUGGAAUAGAACAUCUCAAAUGCUGCUUAAUUACAGACUCAGGUUGAUUACUUGUAUUUCAUGUAAUGUUCCUCCACGUUAGACAUCUGGUGCAGACCAACCGGGAAACAAACCAUGGAAUUAUUAAAAGUACAAACUGACAGUGUGCAUAUUUAAUUUAAAGACUUAUUUAAAGAUUUGCAAGCUCUCAACUAGACUUUCGAGGGCAGUCUGUUUUCUGUAAUGUCUGAUACUAGAAACUAAUUUGCUUCAUAUUUUGGUUGUAUUCAAGAUUUGAACGUGUAUUUUAUAGACAAGUUCUGUUUUCGAACUUUGUGAAAAUAUUCCAAUCAAUUACCAGUUAUUAUAAUGAGUAUUUACAUUAUGAAUGUAUAAUUCAAACAUUAUUUGUAAAGCCUGCAGUAUGUUUUUAUUACAUAACACUUUUUUUAUACAGUGUCUCUCGUCCUGAUUAUAUGAUAUUGGAGUCUAAGUUGUCAGCUUGGUCCCUUCAAGUUUCUAGUUACAGACAAAAAUUAUACUGUGAUUUUAUUUUUAAUAUGGAUAUGCUAUCAAACUGUGAUACACUUAUAAUUCACUGGUCCUGCAUCAGGAGAUGGAGUGGGGAAAACUGUAUUUAAUACAGUUUGUGUUGUUCAGAGAUGUCUAAAGUUUGAUCUUUGUUUUUUUAAAGAUUAAAAAAGCACUAGCCCCACUGUAAAUAUACAGCAUGUAAAAUUUAUAUAGUAUAUAAAUGGCAGCAAAGUAAA